CAGUCGAUUUUAGCUUGAUACGGUUGUUAUUUUAUACAAAUUGAUUUUAAGGCUUAGAUUUGUAACAAGGGAUGUGAUAUCCACACAUCCUUUUUUACUUCUUACACCCUUCUAAUUUUUGACCGUCGGAUCGGAUGAAUUGAAGAAAAGUAAAUGACAGAAAUCAACAAGGGGUGUGUGGAUGGCACACCCCUUGUAACAAUCUAGCUCUGGCUAGCCAGUAUUUCCAUUUGGCAGCUUAUUUGCGUUGUCCUAUAGUUUAUAUAUAUUUUUUCGGAUUUCUAUCCUAUAAGUUUAUAUGUUUUUCCAAAUUGCCACGGGAAUCAAAGUUUGAUAUUUGGUUUGUUACUUGUGCACUUGGGGAAGUUUGUAUCUAGUAGUAUGUAGGGUCAAUAUUUUGUUUCUGAAAGCAAACCUUGCUUGUAUAAGGAUAAACCCUUAUUAAUUUAAAAUUAAAAUGUGAAGUGAUUAUUCCAAUUUGUUAAUAGAUAUUGUUAUUCUUCUUGAAAUAAAUUUAUUUUUCAACUCAGACAUUUUGGCCUCGAAACUAGAUAACGCUAACUAGAUUUUUGUCGAAUGAAAUGGUCCGGUUCAUGCUUGUGGUUUUGCCAUUUGAAAUUUGGGUUGACAUUACCAUUCACCUUUGUUAGCCAUUUCAUUCAUGGUCUGCUAGUUGAUGUGGCAUUAUGGUCUGAGAGUCACCCCACAGUUUAGGGCCAAAGAUUUUAUAGCAUAUGGCUUUAUGCCAUGGUUACUUCAGACUAAAGUUUUUGGAAUAUAUCGUUCUCACUUUUUCUCGAGCGCUCCUGCUAGGCUUCUAAUUGAAUUGGUUAUAGAGUUUCUGAGAUACCGCCUGGCUGCUGGCUCUAUUUUUUGUCAGACGUAUGCGUAUAUCCGUGCAUAUAUUUAUACACCCAGGCACACAAAUUUAUUCACAAUUCUCAGAAGAUGGGACAAGCUCUUGGUUGUAUUCAAGUGGAUCAGUCCACUGUUGCUAUCAGGGAAUCUUUUGGGAAAUUUGAUGAUGUGCUUCAACCCGGAUGUCACUGUUUGCCUUGGUGUUUGGGUAGCCAGGUAGCUGGUCAUCUCUCCUUACGUGUGCAGCAAUUGGACGUUCGUUGUGAAACAAAGACAAAGGAUAACGUUUUUGUUACUGUGGUUGCUUCAAUUCAAUACCGAGCUUUGGCUGAGAAGGCUUCUGAUGCCUUUUACAAGCUCAGCAAUACCAGAGGGCAGAUCCAAUCUUAUGUCUUUGAUGUGAUUAGGGCAAGUGUUCCAAAAUUGGACCUAGAUUCAACCUUUGAGCAGAAGAAUGAUAUAGCCAAAGCUGUGGAAGAAGAACUUGAAAAGGCCAUGUCACAUUAUGGGUUUGAGAUAGUUCAAACACUAAUUGUGGAUAUCGAACCAGAUGAGCACGUGAAGAGAUCGAUGAAUGAGAUUAAUGCAGCUGCUAGGAUGAGGGUGGCUGCAAGUGAGAAAGCUGAAGCAGAGAAGAUACUACAGAUUAAGCGAGCUGAGGGAGAAGCAGAGUCCAAAUAUCUGUCGGGGCUUGGCAUAGCAAGGCAGCGCCAGGCCAUUGUGGACGGGCUGAGAGAUAGCGUGCUGGCCUUCUCUGAGAACGUACCUGGGACAACAUCCAAGGAUGUCAUGGACAUGGUUCUCGUGACCCAGUACUUUGACACAAUGAAGGAGAUUGGUGCAUCCUCAAAGUCCAAUUCGGUUUUCAUCCCACACGGACCAGGUGCUGUGAGAGACAUUGCGUCGCAAAUAAGAGACGGACUCCUUCAAGGAAGUUCGAUUCAGGAGUAAUGCCGUUGGGCGCGGCACUGAAUGUCAGCGCAGUUACGCUAGACUCGAAUUUGUGUGCGCUGUAGGAUCUAAAAGAGUGUGGACACACUCACGUAUAUAAUAUGUAGGGUGAAUUUUCUGUGCUUGUUAAUAUCUUAGUUUUGAAACUCAAGGGUGUUGUUUCGACUUUAUAAUUUGUAGGGUGAAUUUUCUGUGCUUGUUAAUGUUUUGCUCCAUUUGUGGUUUACGGGUCUUUUUGAUAUUAUAAAAAAGAAAGGGUUUUUAUGA